AUGAGGCCCGUCUCCAAAUCUUGGAAUGCUUUUCUAUCUCAACCCUCCUUUGUAAAAACCCAUCUCCAUCGUUCCAUCCAUAACAACGAUCAGAUUCUCUUGGUCUUCCACUAUGGAGAAGAAUCUUAUUCCGACUUUAAACCAUUCACAGCAAAACCGAGUCUUUCUCCCAAUCUCGAGCUCACUAAUUUCAUCAAAGUCCCAGUUAACCCCAAAUCUGGACAUACAAAUGGCAUCAAGAUGAUUACAAAAGUUGUGAAGCUCACAGGCCUUGGUGGACCACCCACAUAUUCUGUUAAAUGGUGGCUGCAAGUCGAGAUUUACAGCAUGAAAAAAGGUUCCUGGGAGGUGAUCACCGAAAGGUUUCCAUCGCACAUCACAAACAUUAUUGAUGAUGAUUAUGUUUGUGCUGAUGGUCAUGACGGCCAUAUUCAUUGGCUUUGUCGAAUUGGUGAGAAGAUGGAUUCAAAAACAAUAGUGGCAUUUGAUUUGGGUUCAGAGACAUUCGGUGAGAUACUUUUUCCAAAUUCUAUACUACAAAACCGUGUGAAUGUUUUAGGAGUUUCGUCCGAGAAGCUCUGUGUGAUGUCAUAUAUUGAGAAUGGUGCAUAUGAGGUGUGGGUGAUGGAGGAGUAUGGGGUGGCUGAAUCAUGGGUCAAAAGCCAUGUCUUUUCACAGUUUAUUGGUGAUCUUAAUACAUGUGUAUUUGGAUUCACAUCACGCAAUGAGUUUCUUAUAGAGGAUAACGGUUACCUUGUCUUGUAUGAUCCAAUUGCAAACGAGCAGAAAAUCUUGGAGAAUCAUUGCCCUGAAGAUUAUGGUGCAGCUAAAAUCGUGGAGUAUGUCGACAGUCUUGUUUGGAUAGAACCUGCUGAGCAUGCAUGA